AUGGACAGACAAGCAGUACUGACACUGAACAUCAGGGAAUUGCAGCAAGCACUAUGUGAACUAAAUAUUUCCACUACUGGACGUAAAGCAGACUUGCCAAAGAGACUGUUGUUGCACCAUGGACAUGAGACACAAGAAGAUGAUGAAAUUGCUGACUCAGUUAGUUCCUACGACGAUGUACCAAAUGCAAAUUUUACUGCCGCUGUGGCACCGAUAGGUAGAUCUGUUUUUACGUUUAAUGAUAUCCAAGAAAGCCUAACACAAUUUAGUGGUGACGAUAAUAUCGAUAUUCAGCAAUGGAUAAAUGACUUUGAGGAGAACGCAUUAGUAGUAGGUUGGAAUAGUGUGCAGAAAUUUAUUUAUAGUAAGCAGUUGCUGAAAGGAGCUGCCAAAUCGUUUAUUAGAAGUCAACGAGGCUUGGUCAGUUGGGAAUCACUGAAAGAAGAAUUGAUCAGUGAAUUUGGGAAAAAAGUGUCGUCGUCAGAAGUGCAUAGUCAGUUGAGAAGUCGUAAGAAGAGGAUAAACGAAACGUUUCGCGAGUAUUUGUAUGUUCUUACAGAAAUUGGAAAACCAGUAAAUAUCGAUACGAAAAGUUUAAUAUCAUAUUUCAUAGAGGGUAUAAUAGAUACGAAAUUAAACAAAGCGGUUCUGUACGAAGCAAAAACAAUCAGUGAGUUAAAAGAUAAGAUAAAAGUUUACGAAAAAAUCCAUAGUAAAGCAGAGAAGUCAACACAGAAAGUCGUAAAUACAACUUAUAAUCAGAAAGUCUCAAAAUCGUGUUUUAGGUGUGGAAGCUCCACACAUCUCAUUCGAGACUGCAGCAGUCAACAAACCAAAUGUUUCAAAUGUAAUGGUAUAGGACACAAGUCUUUUGAAUGCAAUGGUACUCCAGGUAUAGAAGUAAAGAAAGAAUCAGAUAAAAUUAAUGUUGUGAAUAUUGACAAAUCAAAAACAAGUUUACCACUAAAAAUAGUGAAAGUAGGAGGACUAAAAGUUGAUGCAUUAGUUGAUACUGGGUGUUGUUUGUGUUUAAUACGGAGCGAUGUUUUCAAAAAAAUUAAAUUUGAUGGUGAAGUAGGCGAUGAUAAGCGAACUUUAUAUGGCGCGGGCGCGGAAGAAUUUUCAACAUAUGGUAGUGUUGUUGCAGAAUUGGAGGUUGAUGGUUUGAAAUUCUUACAAAAGUUCCACAUCACCAGCGAAACCGCUAUUCCAUAUUCAGUAUUCAUAGGCACAUCAGUAUUAGAUAAAGUCAAUAUUAAUAUAAAGCCAGAAGGUGCAGAAUUUAUAGGGAGGAGUAAUGUUGAACAAGAGGUGGAAGAAAACCGCAAAGAAAAAAGGAUAGAGUUAUUAAAAGAGUUUCAGGAGCUAUGUUUGAGUGCAGGGGAAUAUAGUAACGACGUAGUUAUUCAGGAAUUGAUAAACAGUUAUAAAUCAAACGAAAGGGCUUUGGCCGAUUUAUUGGGUCAGUUGGUGAGGGGUAAAAACAACUCAUCACCUGGAUACAGUAGAGGGAGAUUAGGAGGUAGUUGCGGCGAUGGCGGACGCAUAAAUAAUUAUGGAGGUCCAUCUAUGGGACCGAAUGGAAGUGGAGGUGGUGGGGGUUUAGACUCUUGGGGCGUAAAUGCACCGAAUAAUUGGAAUCAAGGUGGAAGUAGUGGUAGUGAAAAUAUGAUGUCAUUAACGCAACGUGGUGGGGGUAUGAAGAUGAAUAAUGGUGGUGAUGGUGGUAUGCCACAAGCAGGUGGCAUGAACGAUGGCUACGGUGGCAUGCAACAGAGCAACAAUUAUAUUGGUAUGUCAGGAGAUAAUCCAUGUGGUUACGGUGGGAUGUCAUCAAAUAGGGGUGUUUAA